UGACCGGCCCGCGAGUGGAAAAGACAAAGCCGCAACGGCAACGCGCGGGGUAGGUCACUAGUGUUAUUAUGUAUUCCUUAGUUGAGAAUAUCACCAGCGCAGCGAAUUAGAUGACAAUCUUAUCCACAGUCUGAAGAUAACGGAAGAAAAGGGCAUUAAUUGUGCAUUGCUAAAACUCUUGCCAAGUUGCAAAUCCGGCAAGCAACGUGGUCGACGCCUUCCUCCAUGCGGCGGUUCAUGCAUUGGCCGCUAUCCCAUAUUUCACUUCUCCUCCAUUUUCCGUCCGCUUAUUUAAAGUCAUAGAUGCACUCACUGUCGAUAUGUCCCUUCACUAUACACAUACAAAGGGAAAACCAGAGAGAAAUUUACUCAUAGGUAUAGGUGAAGAAAUGGAAGUGACGAUGAGGCCGAAUGUUGCUCUAGUGGUGGCCGGCGUUCUUAUCAUAAUGCUUGUGACGACUACAGAUGCACGGACCAACAUUCCGCGGUCGACUUCAGAGGAGGCUGUCGUUGCCGCCGCCGACCGUACUGCUGCUACUACUACUAGUACGAUUGUUGGGGCUGCUGCUCAUCAGCCGGCGCUGGAUCCUAACGGUCUGGGUCAUGAAGAGCCGCCGCCGCCGACGCCUUUUGCUGAUCAGCCGGCGCUGGAUCCUAACGGUCUGGGCCAUGAAGAGCCGCCGCCGCCGACGCCUUAUGCUUAAGGUGCUGCGAGCUAGAUGCAUGCACGAGCGGUUAAAUUCAAAUAAACAUUGACCAUCCAUGUUCAGCAUUGUUUGAAAUAAAUUAUAAUAAUAAUUACAACAUUAA